AUGGCUUCCAAGACGAGUACGAGCAGCAGCUCGUCCUCACGGAGGCAAAAGGUCCAGGUCGGAUGGUAUCGUUUUGUACCAUUCCUCGGCUACCACCACGUGUUGAUGAUUCUUAUCGCCAUUACUAUUAUUCUACUAUCUCUACUGCUUGCCGGCUGUUCAUCCUCUUCGCCACUCAUCCCAGAUAUCUUCCUGCUCUCAAUUUACUACAAGAGUUACGAUGCAGUACCCGACACCGCUCAAGUUGACUACAACCUUCACUCCGCUAUUGAAAACAUCGCUGGAGACGCUUCGCUACAGGCCCGUGUUGGUUACUUCGGUAUUUGCAUCAACCCCGAUGGUGGUUCAUGGCUGUGCAGUAACAAUGCAACUGCCCUGGCCAAAGAGGUUGAUGUCGACCAAGAUCCUCUCAACCUUAUCUGGCUCGCUGCCCAGUUAAAGGACAUGAUUGUGUUCCCCUAUCUCAUGUAA